AUGUGGGGGAGGAGCUCGGGCGUCGUCGCCGUGGCGAGGGAGGAUCGGAUGGACGGCGACGGUUUUUUUGGCAAUCGAUUGUCCCUAAAACCCAGAUCGGGGAAGAACUGGGACCACAGAACCUGCCAGUGGGGCCCACACGUCAGUGACCAACUUGUUCGCCUCGUCCAGCCGAGCACCCGCCUGCGAAGUCCAACACGCAGCCGCGGCGAGCUCCUCUGCCGCUUUGCCGAAGCGACGACCAUGGCGAGCACCACGCAGCCUCCGGACGCGGAUCCCCCCGAGUGCCCGGUGUGCCUCUGCCCCUUCGACGACGCCUCCACCGUGCCGCUCGUGCUCCCAUGCGGGCACUCCCUCUGCGGCCCCUGCAUCGCCUCCCUCCCGCCCGCCUCCGCCGCCGUCGGAUCCCUCCGCUGCCCACUCUGCACCCAGUGUGUCCCCUUCUCCCGCUCGCUCGGCCCCUCCUCCCUCCCCAAAAACCAUGCCCUCCUUGCGCUCCUCCCCUCCCCCUCCCCACCGCGCACUACCACCGCCACGACCACAACCGCGCCGCCUCCACUACCGCUCCCCCUCCACGCCGCCCAUUCCCGCCUCUUCUCCCGCUUCCGCCACGCCGUCCUCCCCGAAUCUGCCUCCCCGCUCCGCUCCGCGCCUACCCCCGCCAGCCUCGCGCUCGGGUCCCUCGCCUCCGACCUCGGCGCGCCCUGGUUCAGCUCCCAGGGCCGCCUCGUCAGCCUCCUCUCGAUCGAGACGCCCGGCGGGGGACGGCCUCUGGAGCAGGAGACUGCGUUCUACCGGCCAAGCUACGCGUCGCGGGUCCUCGCCGCGGUCGGGGCGCUGAGCGACGCGGCGAGGGAGGAGAUGGCCGGUCUGAUCGCCGCCUCCGCGCGGUUGGCACGGCGGGUGUGCAGGGUCUACGGGGUCUGGAUGGGCACCGACGCGGCGCGGCUGUGGAUGGUCUCCGAACGGCACCCGCGUGGUGUUUCCCGGUUAUUGGAGGAGAGGAUCAAUCGAGAGGACAGGAUGGCUCAGAUUGGAGUCGUUGCAAUGGAGAUGUGUGAAGCGAUCAUGGGGUUGUACGGAGAAAGGCUGGUGCUGGGGUGCCUUGGGCUAGACUGCUUCUGCCUCGACCGCUUUGGGCACUGCAUGUUUGAUUUGAAUCAGGCGUUGGCAUUGUGCCGGCUAGUCCGAGCAGGUGAUAGUUCAGCCAAGGUUGUGGCUUUCGUUGCCCCUGAGGUGGUGGCAAUGCUACGUGAAGUGUCGCCAAUGAAGGAUCAUGAUUUUAACGGCUUGGUUGCGUGUAGUUCGGAUGUUUGGUCUCUGGGUUGUGUAUUGGUGGCAAUUCUUACUGGGGAUGAGCAGCUUGCGGCAGGAUGGAAAUCUGAAGGAUCAUAUGAUGAUUGGGAGAAGGAAGUGGUUGCAAGGCUUCAAGCCUCAUUGGUUGGUACACAACUGGAACCAUUGGCCGUGAUUACAGCAUCCUGCUUGAGCUAUGAACUAAAAGACCGCCCACAGAUUGCUGAUGUCUGGAAAUGUAUCAGAGGCUCAUUGAUGAAAUCCAGUGAUGAUGCUUUAGUUCCUGAUGAUGACCUUGCAGCUGAUAAGAGUUUUAGGUGUUUACUCUUCGGGGAGUUAUCUUCAAUGUUACUUGAAUCUGUUGCUGUCAAGUCCGAUGGUAAAAUGCAGCCCUCUCGAGGUUCUGAUGAAAACAGUUCAAAUCAGGAUGAUGGAAAUAAUGGUGGUUGCAUAAGCAGUGGGGAAAGUCACUUGUCAGGAAUUGAUGACCCACAGACAGGUGGAGUGUUUAAAUCUUCAACAUUGCUUGCCCAUCGUGAUUGUGUCACAGGAUUAGCCAUUGGAGGUGGAUUUUUGUUUAGCUCUUCUUAUGAUAAAACUAUCAAUGUAUGGUCACUGCAGGACUUCUCUCAUGUACAGUGUUUGAAGGGGCAUGAACACAAAAUCACAGCAAUAGUUGCUACUGACAAUGAUAAUCAGUCCCUUUGUAUAAGUGGAGACAGCGGUAGUGGAAUUUUUGUCUGGCGUGUUGAUUCCUCUCACAGGGAAGAGCCUUUGAAUAAAUGGUAUGAACAUAAUGAUUGGCUCUAUCGAGGUGUUCACUGCUUGGCUCUCUCCGGAACCGGUUAUCUUUACACUGGUAGUAGAGACAAAUCUAUCAAGGCUUGGUCACUGGAGGAUUAUUCACUUCGCUGCACUAUGGCAGGUCAUAAAUCAACUGUGUCUUGCCUUUCAGUGGCCAGUGGUAUUCUUUACAGUGGAAGUUGGGAUGGUACCAUUCGGUCAUGGUGGCUCACUGAUCAUACACCAUUGUCUGUACUGCAAGAUGAUACACCAGGAAGCAUAGCCCCUGUGUUAUCAAUUUCAACAGAAGCCAAUUUUGUAGUUUCAUCAUAUGAGAAUGGAUACUUUAAGAUCUGGAAGAAUGAUGUCCUUGUCAAAUCAGAGAAGCUUCAAAACGGUGCAAUUUAUGCAGUUAAAUUGAGUGGCAAAUGGCUCUAUACUGGUGGAUGGGAUAAAGUCAUCAAUAUUCAGGAGUUAUUGGACGAUGAAUCAGAGGUAGAACUCCGAGAUGUUGCUUCCAUUACUUGUGACUCGAUUAUAACUUCGAUACUGUCCUGGAACGAAAGGCUGAUAAUUGGACUAUCCAACAGGGAUAUCAAGGUUUACUACAAGGGGUCUUAGUUCGUUACACCACCCUUCUGUAUAUACUGUAAAUAGCUCAAUGUAAAAACAAUGUGAGAGAAAGGAUUGAUGGAAACAGAAGAAACCCUCCUUUUGAUGAUACAGCAUGGUGUAGAAGUCGAAGGAAACAUCAAUUUUUUUUUUAGCAAGAGCUAGAUAUCCUAUAUAAUAUCAACUAAAUUGUAAAUUUGCUCCAAAUCGUCUGGACUAGAAUAAACAUAAAAACACAAUCUCUGGUUCUUAGGUCCCAUAUCACACAAAGUCACAAACUGCAAAUUAGAAUUAUCAGUGCUUCUGUGUGAUAAGUCACCAGCUAGAAGAAAGGUGUUGAAGAUAUCUAUAGUAAUAAUAUGGUAUACAUGUUAUUGUCCAAUAUAAUAUGAUGAUCGUUUUGACA